ACGGAGCUGCAGCUACCGGAACUUUUCUCCUGUCCUAGCUCAGCUUUUAUUUGACUUUAAAUGAACGAAACCACAUCAAGAACAAUGAGUUCCUCAGAGAGUCUGAGAGAGUUUAUCACAGAGAGACUAACUGCUGCUGCUGAAGACAUUUUUGUAGUUUUUAAAAGAACUAUCGUCGAGUACGAGGAGGAGAUCGACCGUCAGCGCAGACUGCUGGAUAUCGCCUGGAAACCUCACAUCUACCUGCAGAGAAUAGAUGUGCCACAGCAGCAUGGGUUUAAGGAGGAGGAGGAGGCUGAGCAGCAGCUCUGUAACCAGGAGAGGACCUCCAGCCUGCACCAAGAGGAGACAGAGCCUCCACAGAUUAAAGAGGAAGAGGAGGCAGAGCAGGUCAUGGUGAAGGAGGAGACAGACACGUUCAUGCUGACUGACCACAGUGAAGGAGAACUACACAAUCAACAGCUGCUCCUUUCUGACGAUCCCAGAGGAAAUGAACGUCAGGAAGGAACACCUCAUAACAUGGAGGCAUUAGGGAAAGAGUGUAACAGUCGACAAGGUCAGGUAUCUGUAAAAUGUGAAACAUAUGGUGAAGAUAAUAGGAAUACACGCAAUUUUUUCCGCUUGAGUAAAAAGACGCAUGCAUGCAUAACUUGUAUGAAAGUAUUCAGUUCCACGUCAAAGCUGACUCAACAUAUCAAAACUCAUACAGGUGAGAGCUCCAUUACAUGUGAGAUAUGUGGAAAAACAUUUGGUUAUAACUAUGAAUGGAAGAUCCACAUGAGAACACACACAGGUGAGAGGCCAUACUCCUGCAGCACCUGCGGAAAAGCAUUCUCUAAGAUAUACAAUUUGAACGCUCAUAAAAGAAGUCACACAGGUGAGAAGCCUUUCUCCUGCAGCACCUGUGGAAAAACAUUCACCUUUGCGUCAAGCUUAGGUGUCCAUAAGAGAAUUCACACAGGUGAGAAGCGUUUUUCCUGUGAAAUGUGUGGCAAGCGUUUCAGCUUGAAUCGUCAAUUAAAAGUCCACAUGGGCACGCACACAGGUGAGAGUGUCUUCACCUGCAGCACCUGUGGAAGAGGAUUCACUCAGAUGUCAAGUUUAAAUACUCACAAUAGAAUUCAUACAGGUGAGAGGCCGUUUACCUGUGAAAUAUGUGGCAUGUCUUUCAGACUGAAAUACAAUUUAAAAGUUCAUGUGAGAUUACACACAGGUGAGAAGCCGUACUCCUGCAGCACCUGUGGGGCAACUUUCGCCCAGAAACAGCAUUUAAAAUCGCACAAAAGGGUUCAUACAGGUUAAAGACUGUUUACCUGAGAAACAUGAAGCAGGUCUUUAAGACAGCGUUCUAUCUCAACCUCUCAUAUAAGAAGAGCUCAUCCAGGUGAGAGGCCCUACCUUUCGACCUAGAAGGUUCUUAGACUGUUGUACUCUUCUACAGCUCAUGCAGACGAGUAGCUUUAUGUGUCCAGAUUCAACUUCUACAGAUGGAGACUCAAUGGGAAGAAGGAGGCUGGUUGUCAGGGGAGAUCCCAAGUUACCAGGUGGUGCAGGUGUGGAACCUGUGAGCCAACAAACACAGAGAGCCUCUGCUGUCAGGAGUGGGACUUACCAACUCUUUCUCAGGAAGUUUCUGAUCAGCAGAUAGCUGCUCUGCGACGCCUGCAGCCUGCAUCACUCACCAUCCAGAGUUCCCUGCCUUACUGAACGCUGCUGUUUUACCAACCUUCUUCAACUCUGAAACUGUGAAAAUAAAGUGGAGAAACCGAUCCCAACCAGAAGAACUGAAUGAACAUUUAUCAUCCAAGUAAGGCUGGCCUUAUGAUUUACAAUUUAAAGCCCAAUUUGAGGCCGGAUUUGCCUUCUCUGAUGUUUGAAAUUGUCUUUUUAUCUCAUAUUUUUCCUUUUACAUUUAUUAUUUUGAGUUUUUAUCUCAUAUUUUGUCCUUUUACAUUCAUCAUUUUGUAUGUUUAUCUCAUUUUUUGUCCUUCUACAUUCAUUAUUUUGACUGUUUAUCUCAUAUUUUGAUCUUUAAGGUGCAAAAUUUAAAAUUUGACGUCAUAUUUUUGCCUUUAAAAUAUGAUUUUGACUUCCAAUUUUACAUAUUUGCAUUUACAAAGUAUUAUUUUAACAUCUUAUUCCUUGUUUUGACCUUUUAACUUAUCAUUUUGACUUUAAAAUCUCAAAAUCAUUUAUCAUCAGUGCUAAUUUUUCCCCCAUAAUUUAUUACUAGGGAUAAUUAGGGUGGCAGUUUUGUAAAAUGUUGACCCUGUUAGGCCCUCAGGUUAGAUCUAACUUCAGAAUCCGGCCCCUGCUGUGACUGAGUUUGACACCCUUGGCUUAAGGUUUGAAAAUCAUCUGGUGUGUGGCCAGCUUAAAGGGAUACUUCAACAUUUUGGCAGAUUUGCCCAUUGCCAUAAUUCCUAU